AUGGCUGCUGUGGAUUUCACCAAGCUGACGCCGGAGAUGUUGGAUGCCGUCUUAGACGGCCCAGCGAUGGCACCACCACCCGGCCAGGUCAGCAACUUUGUGAAUCCUCCUAACGAGAAUGGAUUGGCAGUGGCAGUCAUGACAGUGUGCAUCGCCAUUGUCGUCCUCUGUCUCGCAAUUCGAGCCUACGCCAGGCUGGUGCUGCUGAAAAGGAUACAGGCACAGGAGUACCUGAUCCUGGCUGCAUUUGUGAGAAAGGCCUUCGCAUGCUUUAUCGGCUGGUCUUACUGCACCCUCAGCCUGGUCCCCAGCCCCGGAUUUUACGUCCACACCUGGAACGUCAAGCUGCGGCAGACAGUCACCAUGGGAUAUCUCGUCCAUCUUGCAGGCGUCUUUUAUUCGGUUUGCCUGCCGCUGCUCAAGAUCUCCAUCAUGGUGGAAUGGCUCGGCAUGUUUGUCUCUCGGGGUACUAGGAAUUGGUUCUUCUGGGUCUCCUGGAUCUUGAUUGGAAUCCAGAUCGCGUUCGCAGUUGCUGCAGUCAUUGCCUUGAACCUAGCCUGCAUUCCGACCAAGAAGAAGUGGGAAUUCUGGGUUCCUGGCAAAUGCAUCAAUGCUCACGACAUCGAGACCGUUUCCGCGGCAUUCCAGCUUACUUCGGACUGCAUCGUCCUGGUUCUGCCCCAAAAGGCCAUUUGGGAUCUUCAGAUGGGCUGGAAAAAGAAGCUGGGUGUGUCGGUUAUCUUCUCACUUGGUGCUCUUGCUUGCAUUUCUGCCGCUUUCCGUCUGGCCGGCACAGUACAAUAUGCCGAGGCCGUGGACGCCAUCUACAACAUCGGGCCUGUGGCCUUCUGGGCUUACGCCGAGAUGACCUGUGGAUUCAUUGUGGUCUGCGUGCCGUGUGUGCCCAAGAUUCUUAUGGAAAGCGGCGUCUGGCGCAAGCUGAAGAAGAGUCUCGGCUUCAGUGUCACCUCCGUUACCGCAAACAACCAGACAGGUGCGAGCGCAAUGCGGUCUAAGAAUAUGCGCUCCGUCAAUAAGUCUUACACCGAGAUCGACGAGACUGAGCUGAAAAACUUCCGGUCCGAGUCGACUGAGCACCUUCGUUAUCCCCCGGGCAAGCUGGAAAAGGGCAUUGUGCGUACCACGCAGGUGACUGUGACGCAGAACUCGGACACGUCGAAUGGCGAGGAGAAGAUGUACGGGCACCCGACACAGUGGAGGUAG